UACAAAUAUCGUUGAGGCCAUUCAUAAAAAUUUGGCAUGAUCUAAAAUGGAUAUUCCCCGCACAGCCCAACACUUUUUAGAAUGCGGCAUUGAAGACUGUGAAAGAAACUGCGAGUUCUACUGCAACCCUUGUCAUCAAAGAUUGUGUAAACAAUGCAGCGAGGAACAUCUGAAAAGUCCAGAAAACAAGAGCCAUGAGGUGGUCCUUUACCAGCAACGUAAACGACAACUUCCUGUUGAGAAAUGUAAGAUCCACCUCACUAAAGAUGUGGACAUGUUCUGUGAAGAAUGCCAAGUUCCAGUAUGUUCCAAAUGCGCCACACAAAGAGAGCAUCGGGGGCAUACAUUCACUGAUCUAGAGACAAUUUAUGCGGAUAAAUAUGCCGACUUUCAAGAGGAAAUUUCCAAAAUCCAGGAGUACUUUCUACCCACAUCAAAAGACAUUUUACAGAAAGAAAUAAAAAAAGAUUCCUCACAAAUUAAACACAUCAUGGACAACAUCAGAACAUCCAUGAAGACUGAAGGCGAGUCCCUGAAGAGUCUAGUGGACACAGUCAUAUCUGAGAACAUGAAGCAGGUAGACCAGAUAGAGCAUUCACUGUUAGAAGAUCUAAACACCGAAGACAAUGCAUUAGAUGACUACAUCAAUUAUCUUAACAACCUUGUCAAAGAGCUCCACAGAUGCCUGUCCUCUACAGAAACCCAGAAAUUAAUGUCUGAGAAGAAACCAGAGAUCCGAUCCAUACCAGAGACAACAAAUCCAGUCACACCAGGAUUUACUGCUGGUCAAUACAACAAAAGUGAAGUCAAAUUACUUGGAAAAAUACAUGUCCCCAACACUAAAGCAGAAAAGAGAGAAAUAAGGCCCAUUGAAAGUGUCUAUAAUACAGCACUGAAACCUACACAUAAACAGAAGACAGAAGACCGAAAGAAAUCUGACAAGAAACAAACAUUGUCUCUAUCUGCCUCUGUCACCAAGGUCAGGGAGUUCAAUGUACCAGGUGUUGAUAAUGUAUUCCAUGUAUCACUAGAUCAAUCAGACAGACUCUGGAUCAGUGACUGUUACGGUAAUCUUGUCCAAACAGAUCUACAGGGGAAUGUGAUACAGAAGAUAAAAACCAGUGGUAGAUCUGAAGGUUACCACACAGUCACACAGGACAGGGAUCUGAUCUUUACAGACAAAGCCAAGAAAGUCAUCAAUAGGAUAACACAGGAUAAUAAUAUCACUGAAUUCAUAAAAACUGGAGACUGGAAACCACUCAGCAUACACUCCUCCCACAUCAACGGUGACUUACUGGUGGGGAUGUGGAAGAUUAGAGAGGCUAAAGUCACCAAAUACAACAAUACAGGCAAAGAACUGCAGAUCAUGCAGAGGGAUAACAAAGGACAGGGACUGUAUAGCUAUCCACACUACAUCAAAGAAAACAUCAAUGGAGAUAUCUGUACAUCAGACUCAAAUAAAGGUGCAGUAGCGGUGGUGAAUAAAUCAGGACAACACAGGUUCUCCUACACAGGUCAGGAGUCAGAGGUCUGGCCCAGUGAAAUCUGUACUGAUGUCCUUGGUCACAUCCUGGUGUGUGAUACAUAUUAUGAGAGUCCCUCCGUUCAUCUCCUUGAUCAGGACGGUCAGUUCUUGUCUCUAUUACUCACAGAAGAAGAAGGGGUAAAGUAUCCCCGUAGUGUGUGUGUGGAUGAUGAGAACAAUCUCUAUGUGGGACAAGGUCACACCAACAAACUGACAGUGUACAAGUAUCUACAGUGAUUCUUAUCCUGGCAUUAACAAAGCACUCACAGUAUACAUCGAAAUAUCCACUUCUACCAAUAAUUUUUGUUACUUUUUAUACAACAUGACUACGUACAUUUUCCAAUUGUU